CCUGGCGGCCAGGCCAAGAGUGUCCCGGCGCGAAGGCAUCCCCACACUGUGUCCAGUCGCCACUCACUCCCCAGAGGCUGCGCCCGCCGCCAACAGCAAGCGACGCAAUCGCACCAUCAGCGGAACACCCUCUGCACGGUUCCUAAGCGCUUCUCUCGGCUGCGUAACCUCACCUGGCUGCACCUCCGCUCUAAUGGGAUCCCAGCGCUGCCUUCUGGGAUCGGCUGCCACAAGCAUUUGAAAACUUUGCUUUUAGAAAGAAAUCCUAUCAAGAUGUUACCUGUGGAGCUGGUUAAAAAGAUGAGCGUAAGUGAGGCGCCACCUCCCCUGGUGGAUUUAUCCGCAGAGCGUGAGCCCGACGAAGAAGCCAUUCAUUCUCAGGAGGCAGAGGGAACCAUGGUAACAGAAAAGGCAGGCUUUUUCCCACCUGUGGGAAAACUAGACCUGCGUGAGUGCAGAAGGUCCGCCGAGCCUCCGGAGGACUGGCCGAGCGAGGAGGAGAUCCAGCGCUUCUGGAAGCUGAGGCAGGAGAUCGUGGAGAACCAGCAAGCGGCGGUUCUGGAGCGCCAGCGCCUGCCGGCGGAGCUGCCCCCAGCCCUCACGGCGGUGCUGAGCGACAAGGAGAAGCGGCGACCCCGCCCGAGACCCGUCUUCAGGACGAGGACGCCCUCCUUCAAGAGCAUCCUGCCCGAGCUGGCCCCAUGGCAGCAGACCCAGGGCCGCACCGGCCUGCCGGAAGAGAGUAUCAGCCCAGAUGGAGCAGCGCAGGAGCCCCACCAACCGCCUGUCUCCACCACGCUCUGGGCCCGCGAGGCCGGCUGGCGUGGACGGCGCCCUCCACCUUCUGGUUGUGUUCGGCCAGGGGGGGCUCCGGCGGGAGGUCAGAGAGAAGCGGGGAGGGAGGCAGGGUCCCUCUGCCCUGCCCACCGCUCCCGCUGCUGGGUGCCGGCAGCCCUUCCUUCCCUCACCCCAGGGUCCCGGGGGCGGGAGUGGGCCCUCACUGUGCGUCCCGACGGCCCUCUGCCCCGCAUCCAGGCAGGUCCCGCUGCUGCCCGGCUGUGGAAGGUCAGCACCACCCCCCCGCCCCCACUUGCUAAGCACUUCUGUCUCCGAGGCUCAGCUGCCCCCGCGGCCACCGUCCACACCCUCUGGCUCGGAGACAGGCGAGCACUGCAGGAGGGGAGGGUGCUGGCCCAGAGGAUGCAGAGGAGGAGGGAGGGGCUCAGCCACCUCCCGACCCCACGGAGGAACCUGGUGGCGUCCAAGGUUCCCUUUGCCACUGACCUGAUAGGUCAUGAGAAAAUACCGAUGCAUUCGCCUGGGAAACUGAAACAAAGCAAAGAGAAAUAAUUGCAAGCAAGUGAGGAAAUGAGUGCCUUCCGAGAGGAAAAGCGGAAACAGCACAUCCAGCAACUGCGGGAACGAAGAAGCAGAUUCCGAGGGUCGGCACCUCUCGAGGAGAUAGGGAGGGCCACGCAGGACUUGGAAAUUCAGGACGCGUGGGGGAUGGACUCUCAGAGGUUGAACAAGGAGGUCUGGGCCCGUGGGCCCUCCCGCGGAAAGGGGGCGCCACCCGAUGCCUUCCUGAGCGCGGGAGCCACGAGGAUCAGGCCGGGCGCCUGCUCCCCGCCUUGA